GAAGCACGAAGCACUAUUAAUUUAUCUACCCAACUUGGCAGCUUGCCAGACUUAUUCAGUUUCGAAGAGAAGUCAAACGGAGGAAGCUGUUCUACCGAACUUUACCGGUGUAGGGCUCCUCUGCGGAAGGCUGCUCCAAUUUCAAUGAAUUUCUAGCAGCCCUAUUAAUGUAAGGAUCCCAAUCCAAGUCAAACAGCCAAGCGACCCAAUUCUUCCACCGGAGAUUCAUCAAACACAUAGACUACAGUUUCCUGGUGUACAUGGAUCCCAUCGGCGUCGAACCAACCACCGCCCACCCCCACGUGGUGGCGAUCCCUUUCCCAUGUCAAGGCCACAUCAACGCCAUGAUGAGCCUCUGCAAGUUACUAUCUUCACGAAAAAACAACCUUCACAUCACCUUCGUCGUCACCGAAGAGUGGCUCGGCUGUAUUGGCUCCGAGCCCAAGCCGGCUACCGUCCGCUUCGCUUCAAUCCCCAACGUCGUCGAGCGCGCAAAAGCAGUAGACUUUGGGGGCUUCAACGAAGCGGUCAUGACCCAAAUGGAAGCUCCCUUUGAGCAGCUCCUCGAUCGGCUUGAGCCGCCGGUAGCUCGAAUCUUGGCUGAUUUUGAGCUUCAGUGGCCUGUUGGCGUCGGGGCUCGAAGGAAAAUUCCGGUGGCAUCCCUUUGGACCAUGUCAGCGUCUUUUUUCUCGGUGCUUCAUCAUUUUUAUGCUUUCCAACAAAAUAAGCAUUUGUCCCUUCACUUUUUAGGUGAUGGAGAAGAUCAAAUGGGGCAAAUACCCGGAAUUGCUUCAACACAACUGGAAGAUCUACGAACAGUACUUCAUGAGAACGACCCACGGGGCAUGGAAACAGUCUUCGACGGCAUUUCAAAGGCGCCCAAAGCACAAUAUCUUCUGCUUAAUUCUGUCUAUGAACUUGAACCCCAAGCUUUCGACACUUUGAAAGCAAUCUUCCCUUUCCCUGUCUACCCCAUUGGCCCUGCUACACGUUACUUAGAAAUUGAAGAGAGGUCCUCAAAAACGGUAACUGAGAUUGGCCCUGAUGACUAUCUGAAAUGGUUGGACUUCCAGCCUGAAGAUUCUGUCCUGUACAUCUCUCUGGGCAGUUUCUUAGCGCUGUCAGAUGCCCAGAUGGAUGAGUUCGCCGCAGGGCUGCGUAGCAGCGGCGUUCGAUUCUUGUGGGUGGCGCGUGACCAGGCUUCUCGGCUGAAAGAGAGUUGUGGCGAUAUGGGGUUGGUCGUGCCUUGGUGCGACCAACUGAGGGUGCUUUGCCAUCCUUCUGUCGGCGGGUUUUGGUCCCAUUGCGGGUGGAAUUCCACUCAAGAAGCUGUUUACGCAGGCGUUCCGAUGCUUGCUUUUCCUCUGUUUUUGGAUCAAGUUCCUAAUAGCAGGCAGAUUGUGGAAGACUGGAAGACUGGGUGGAGUGUGAAGAGAGCAGAGGCGGGAAGCGAAAUUUUGGUGGCAAAAGAAGCCAUAUCUGAGCUCGUUCAAAGGUUCAUGGACCUUGAAAGCUGUGAAGGAAAUGAGAUUAGGAAAAGAGCAGGAGAGCUGAAACAUCUCUGCCGCCAGGCAAUUGCUAAAAGCGGAUCGUCUUAUACAAACCUCGAUGCAUUUAUUUGUGAUUUUAUAGAAGGACACGGCUAUUGAAGAGUUUCUUUGUUCUGGGUGAUCAUUAGUCCGUUUAAUUUGAACAAAAAUUACUCUGAAUUAAUUCAAAGCUUUUUACCGUUUCACUUUGAAA